AUGGAGUUUUCGUUUUUAUUUAUUUAGUUGUUCAUUUGCAUUAAAAUACUUGUCGUUAUCCAGAAUCUAUGGUUUUUCCCUUAGCACCUGUCAUUUUUUGUGGAAAUUUACUCUUCGUGAAAACGUGGAAAAAAUUGAAAUUGCUUACUUGAGCGCAGCGUUCCCAGGGAAGCAAACUCUGUCAUUGUCAUUUUCUCAAAAUUAGGAUAACUUUUUCAGCCUACAAGCUUUCAAAGCACUGCAUUGUUUAUCGAACACGUUUACUCUUUCAUUUGCAAAUUAGUUGCUACGAAUAAUCUGCUCAUUGAUAACAAACACAAAGAUUUUUUUCUCACAAUUGUCUUUUCAGCUUUGGUCGAAAGGAACGAAGUCUGACUUCGCGAUCCGCAUCUUGAGGAAUCAACAUCAAAUUUUGUCGCAGAUGUGGACGGAUUUGGCAUAAGAAUAAUUUACUAUCACAAAUCUUCCUUCAUUCGUCUAGUUACACCUUUCGUGACAGACAAUUUAAGCUCGAUUCGAUUUAGAUCGCGGUUUUUGUGUGUCAACGGCGAGUGAUCUGACAUUUUAUAGCAACUUGGCCAUAGACCGCGAUAAAAAAACUAUUUUGGAAUUCCACAUGUGCGCAUCGUGCUUUGUUUUCCCCGUCCGUGAUCAUCGGUCUGUUUAUUUGUUACGGAUCAUCGAUUUCUGCGUUACGUAUUCGCCCAUAGCCGUCUGAUAUUUUAUCCUGAGAAGUUGCUUUGAAGAUCCUUCUCGAGUUUUUAAUCCCUCUCUUCACAAGGACUUGAUUCUUCCUUGAAAACGUCACAGGAAAGGUUUAGUCCAGCAAAGAUCUGAAAGAUAGUCAAACAUCUGUGUUUUAAUGUCACAAUAUACUUCCCCCGAUGAAUUGGAAAAACAUCAUGUUCGCGACGUUUAUAAUCAAAUAGCGCCUCAUUUCGUUGGUUCACAACACAAAGCCUGGCCAAAGGUUGAAGAAUUCCUUCUCUCUCUGCCAGCAGGAAGCCUGAUCGCUGAUGUUGGUUGUGGAACAGGCAGGUACUUAAACCUGGUAGGAGAUCAGUCCUUCACUCUUGGAUCAGACAGCUGUAUGAAGUUCAGUCAAAUUGCUGCAAAAAGAGGCCAUAAUGUCUUGACAUGUGACAAUCAGAAUCUUCCCCUCAAGGAUAACUGCUUUGAUGCUGUGAUUUCCAUCGGUGUCAUUCAUCAUUUUGCAUCUGCCAAGAGGCGUAUGAAAGCAUUGGAAGAACUUUACCGUAUUCUUAAACCUGGAGGGAAGAUGUUGGUGUAUGUUUGGGCAUUCGAACAAGAUGAAAGAAAGUUCAAUGGUCAGGAUGUCUUAGUUCCAUUUACACAAUACCAGAGAAAUACAGUUCGCAGAAGAAAAUCCACUCCUUUGAUGUCAAGAAUCCAUCCACUGAUGAAAGUUAAAGAUACAUCAAACAAGUCUGCUUCAUCAUGGCAAUCAAGGCGAGCAUUUUCCCUGGACGAACCAAAGAGUGAAAGGAAUCGAUUUAGCGCGCGGUUGACAAUGGAGGAAGACCUGUGUAAACAGGAUGCGAGAUCUUCGAGGUUCUCUCGCCUGCAACAUGUUAGGAACGGCGGCAAGAUUUCCACCUUAGAUCCAGCGCUCGAUCCUGAUUGUCGACUUUCAUCCGAGGUUACACCGGUCGCAAAACUUAAAAAGUUCCUUAACAAUGUUUUAGAGAAGUUAUUUGAUGACAAAGCUUCCGAGACAACACCCAAUCGCCCUCAAGAAAAAGCGCAUGGUAAUCUCGUUUCCAUGGAUACAAACUUGGACUUGAGCGCCAAAUUAUCAGCUUUGAUGUCGCAUUUUUCUUCGGAGAGCCGACCAAGAUACUUGAAUGGUGAAUUCCUCUCCUUAGUGGCAAAGAAGUUGUUCCCUGGCAAGGAAGAAUUAGAUGUAAACGGUUUUGACGAGAGCUCAGUGGCUAGUAGGGAAGCUGGUGAAGAAAUAUCCUGGAGUAAGAACAGAGACCACUCUACAGCGGAGUCCCCUUCCAAUGAUGUCAUCAUUGGCUUGAGAGAGAAAAAAACUGAUGGUCGCCUUCAUGAAGAUGGAGCAGAUGAUUGGCAUGGAGUUAGCUUGGGGGUAGUUGCAAGGCUUGUCGAGACGUUAGCAUCGUCAAGCGACGCGGAGAGUGACAGUUCUAGUUCCAGUGAUUACGUUACAUCAGACUCAAGCGCUGCAGAGGACUGUGACCGAGUCAGAUCACGCCAUGUCACACGCAACAACAAGGUUUUCCAUCAUACCACAGUGAACUGUCAAGACAAACCGGAAAAGGAAUCCACUAAUUCAACCACAGCUCCGGGAGAUUCACUUUCGUCAUCUUCAUCAUCUUCAUUGUCAGCUUCGUCGUCACUGUCAUCAACUGCAUCGCCAUCACCAUCGACUAAACCGCGGAAGAAAGUGAAAAGCAAGCUACAUCAGAGGUAUUAUCACGUGUUUUGCGCUGGGGAGUUAGUGAAGUUAGUUCAAGAGGGAAUUCCAUCUGCUGUACUACUCAAAGAAUAUCAUGAUCACGGAAACUGGGCGGCCGUUUGGGAAAAGGAAAGCUUAGAGCCAAAAGUUGACCAAUCGAAUUUGCACAUGAAAAAUUAGCUUCUGCGAACAGCCAUGUCCUCUGUUAAAAUUGCACUAGGGCAAAGAGUUGAUCCAUGUGAAGGAAUGGAAACGAGUUAAGUCGAUGCUGGUAAUUGUACCAGACAUAGAAGACAGUUUUGCUACAUUUUCUCCGUGCGCUUUUCCAUAAGUAGUCAGAAUUGGCGGACGUUGGGUGUUGGCUAAUUUUCUGAUUUUUACCCAACCAUCAGUCUUUUAAAAGGUUUCCGUUUGCGGUUAUUAUAGCUUGAAAAAGGCAAAGCAAAGUAAAAAGUACGAUGAAUGUGAAAGGCAAACGGUGGAAGAGAGCACUCAUCCGAAUCAGCUUGCUUGCCGGCCACGUUUAACAUACGUCUCCCUACGGCACAAGCGUCGUUUUUUGGUACAUUCAGACGCGUGGAGGACUACGUGAGGUGAAGGCAAAAGACGAAUCUUGUGCGGCAGUGAUUCGCCCGUCUGCUCGCCUGAAUAAGCAAACAAUUUACACCUGAACUGCAGGCUAAACAUUUGCAAUUUCUUUCUUUCCUAUUACUAUUUUCUGUUUAAAUUUUUACUCUCUUUUACAACUCUAAACGGCAACCACUUCGCAAGCUACUCAACAAGGCGUAAAAAUAACACGCCUGACUUAAAGUUUCCGCAGAUACUAAAAUGGCUAAAUUCUUUGAAGCAUGUUAAUUUUUACAAAAUAAUUGCGGCGAGAAAUUCGGUGUUAAAUUGUGUUAGAAUUUAUAAAAGUAAAUGUGACUGUAAAGGAAGGAAUCAGACACGGGAAUCUAAACAGUAAUAUUUUAUACUAAGUAACAGAUUUGUGAUCUUAAGCAUUAUUUUUAAUUGUAUAAGGCAAGAAAGAAAUUUAUAUUUAAUAUAAUUUGACAGUUUUUUUUUAAGUUUUAGUUCCUUUCUUAAAUGGACGGCUUACCUCAAUUAUUUUUAACCUAGGAUAUUUAAUUAAAAGAUAUUUAUAUGCUAGAUGUGUCAGUCUGAACUUUCGAAAGCGCUUAAAAUGUUGAAUUUUAAUUGCAUGGCAAAGAGCUCAGUAACUUAUUUGAUUAUUU